AUGACGACUACACCAUCAAGUGGAGAGUCAGCAGCCAAUGUAGGAGGAGGCUACCCCAGCCAAGGAGCAGUCACAGUGGGAGACACCAAGACCACACCAGAUGUGGGCUCCUCAGCAGCCAAAAUGACUGACUGUGAUUCAGUUGCUCAGAAAGGAGUGUUUCAGCCCAAACAGAUUGUUUUAGUUAUUGACCAGCAGGACAUCUGGCUCCAAUGGAUUGGUGCUCUUGAAUUAGCCUUAAAGAAUACUCUUGGAAACUAUAUUCAGAAAGUGAAAAAAGGGAAUAAAAUGAGUGUUAAUAAGAAUGAGAAAAAAGCUGACACAGCGGCACGUGGAACAACUUGCACCUCGGACCAAGAUUUCCGGCCACAAAAAGUUUUUCUUGUGGUUGAUGACCAAGACUCCAAUUUACAGUCAUUUCAAUUUAAAAAUGUGUUGGCCAUUUAUGAUCCCAGAAUGAGCUAUUGGAAUGCAUUUGAUUAUAUGCAUCAUCAGUUCAGUACUGGUGAAGAAAGUGUUCUGUUCAUAAUGCUUUGUGGCAUAAACUCUGUGCUAAGUGAGAUAACAGAACUAGAGUGUCAGUUUAAUAAGUGGGCCCAGAGAGAUGCUGAAAGCUUAGGCUUUCCAUAUUGGAACAUAGAAAAGAUCUUCACAACACAGACGUUGGGCACCGGAGAAUACUUCAUCCAUGACACCGAGGCAGAUGGUAGGACUCUAACUUACCCUUGCCAACAGGAGAGGAAAGUAGCUCUCAUGUCUGCUGUUAGGAAAACUCUUGUGCAGCUUGACAGUGCACCAACAACAACACCAGAGACACCAGUUGAAGAUUGUCAAGAAAAGAGUGAGAUGCAGUACAAAUCUAGUGAUGAGCGACACUUUAACACUGUUGUCAUCCUUGCCAACAAUUUGUACAAGAACGUACUGGAGAAAUUGAGUUCCCAUCGGGUAAUAGUGAUAGUGGAAAGAGACUUAAAAUUUUCAAGCAUUCCCGAAGUAGUGCGACAGAAUUGUAAUGACAGAACCAGAAAUGCAUUGUGGCUGUUGCCUACGGGCAUCUAUAGUCAUGUUAAGUUUAACCAAAAUUCUGGUUGUGGCUCUUAUGGGUGCCACGUUCCUUUGACGAGAGUUUCAUAUGAUGGUACCCUACCCACGAGAGAAGAAUGUAAAGUACGAACAAGUGACUUUUUAUCUCACUCAAAAGAUCUCCAGGAGUCUGUAAAGAAAGAGUUGGGUCCCAAGAGUGUGGUCCUCUUCCUGCCACUAUUACCAGCAGUAAUUGUCCAAGAUGAUAAAUGGCCAAAUCAUAAAUCUUUGCAUGAAGCUGUUGGUACAAUCUGUCCCUUUAUUGCCACCCAAUUUUCCUUAUCCAUCUUGGAUAUUGUUUACAAUGAUUUAUGUAAUGCUUGGUCUAGUGUGGUAAUUGAACCUGCAUUUAAUGACCUUUCUGCUGUGAUGUUUGACUACAUAAAUACGAAACAAAAUAAAAAUUUAUUAAAAGUGACUGAUUGUAAGAUGUAUUCAGAUGCAUUUAAGGACUGGAGAAAUAUGUGCAAAGAAAUAUUUAAACUGGCUCUCUUUGAUACUCCAAAGGAAUUCAGUAGUAGUAGUAAUUCUCAAAGUGUGAGUAAUGCAACCUCCCCACUUAAUAAUCUGCCAUUUAACAUGGUUAAAACACCUGACCAGGGAAAUGUACAAGUUUUGAAUCUUCCUGAUGAGGCCGUCUCAUACACCACACACCCAAUAUCUGGAACUUCCAAACAAGAAAUUAGUGCAUCUUCAUCAUCGUCACAAAGUAAACAUCAAACUGAAACCUUGCCUCUCUUCCAGCAGAUUGUUGUCUUCUGUAAGAAAUAUAUCCCAGUUAAUCUGAUAGAAUUAAGUAAACAUUUGCCAGUACAUUUUGUAUAUGAAAACAUCACCUUUGAUGAAGUUGGCCAGGCCACCCUUCUUCGCUAUCAGAAAAAAUGGUCAUAUCAUACCCUCUGGUUUGUCAUAUCAGAUGUCCUUCAGGUGGCCACAUCUGUUGAAGUAGUUCCAAAAUGUGACAUGGUUAACUGUCCAAAUCCAUUAAAAGGCUUUAAUCUCAAUUGUGGACAGAUUUAUCAAUAUGGUCCUGUAAACUCCAACAUUAAAAUCAUUGUUGAUAAUGUAAUUUCUAAAGUAGAGAAAUUUGCUUAUUCUGUAACAGAAGAAUUAGAGGAAGGGUCAGCCAUUUUCUUCGCUCCUCUCUCUCCUGCAACAAUGUUUUGGGGAGAUUCAUCAUCAACAGUAACCCAUGACUACCUUCAUAAGGUUGGUGAUGCUGGUCUUAAUUUCCCAAUAGUAUCAGGCAGACAGAAAGAUUGGGAAGAUUGUAGUGACCACUUAAGACAUGAGUGGACUACUUGGGUCAUCAACAACAUGCAAAAUUAUACUGAACCACUACAGUUACUGACUACUUACCUUGAAUGCAAAAGCAAAAUAUUGUUCUUCAAUCAUGUUGAAACCAAGACUUAUGAUAAUACAAUAUUUGACCAAGGUGCAUGGAACAGAGUCGUUAAGGGCCUGCUGUUAUAUUUCACAACGAGAGGAUUCAAAGAACAAGAUGAUGAAACAUCAUUGUGCAAAGUUGCCUCAUGCCAGAUUGUUGCAGAUGCAACAUCAGGAGAUUUAUCAGCCUUAACAGCAAACACUGAUGGACAGCAGAAUAAGACUUUAAAAGAAGUACAAACUAUACCUAUGCAGGUUGAACAGUCAAGCAAUGAGUACAUUAAAGGAUCCUCCAGCAGAUCUUUAAAAGACUCAGAUGUUCAGCAGUCAGUAUUAGUUGAUGUGAGACAGUCAGAAGACCCACCUGCUGAGUGUCCACCAAUGGUUAGUGACAAGAGGCAAGUAGAACCCACUAAGGAACACACAGCAAAGUCGACAGACCAACUUCUGAAAGGUUCUUCUGCCAAGCUGUCAAAAGAAACUCCUACCAAGCUGUCGAAAGAAACUCCUACCAAGCUGUCAAAAGAAACUCCUGCCAAGCUGUCAAAAGACACUUCUGCCAAGCUAUCAAAAGAUGCUCUUGUUAAGCUGUCAAAAGAGACUCCUGUCAAGCUGUCAAAAGAGACUCCUGUCAAGCUGUCUAAAGAGACUCCUGUCAAGCUGUCAAAAGAGACUCCUGUCACACUGUUAAAAGAGACUCCUGACAAGCUGCCAAAAGAGACUUCUGCCAAGCUGUCAGAAGAGACUCCUGACAAGCUGUCAAAGGACACUCUUGCCAAGCUGUCAAAACACACUCCUGCCAAGCUGCCAAAAGACACUUGUGCCAAGCUGUCAGAAGAGACUCCUGACAAGCUGCCAAAAGACACGUCUGCCAAGCUGUCAAAAGACGCUUCUACCAAGCUGUCAAAAGACACGUCUGCCAAGCUGUCAAAAGACACUUCUGCCAAGCUGUCAGAAGAGACUUCUGCCAAGCUGUCAAAAGACACUUCUGCCAAGCUGUCAAAAGACACUUCUGCCAAGCUGUCAAAAGACACUUCUGCCAAGCUGUCAGAAGAGACUCCUGACAAGCUGUCAAAAGACACUUCUGCCAAGCUGUCAAAAGACACUUCUGCCAAGCUGUCAAAAGAGACUUCUGCCAAGCUGUCAGAAGAGGCUCCUGACAAGCUGUCAAAAGACACUUCUACCAAGCUGUCAAAAGACACUUCUGCCAAGCUGUCAGAAGAGGCUCCUGACAAGCUGUCAAAAGACACUUCUACCAAGCUGUCAAAAGACACUUCUGCCAAGCUGUCAAAAGACACUCUUGCCAAGCUACACAAGCUGCCAAAAGACACUUCUGACAAGCUGUCAAAAGAGACUUCUGCCAAGCUGUCAGAAGAGACUCCUGACAAGCUGUCAAAGGACACUCUUGCCAAGCGGUCAAAAGACACUUCUGCCAAGUUGUCAAAAGACACGUCUGCCAAGCUGUCAAAAGACGCUUCUACCAAGCUGUCAAAAGACACGUCUGCCAAGCUGUCAAAAGACGCUUCUACCAAGCUGUCAAAAGACACGUUUGCCAAGCUGUCAGAAGAGACUCCUGACAAGCUGCCAAAAGACACUUCUGCCAAGCUGUCAAAAGACACAUCUGCCAAGCUGUCAAAAGACGCUUCUACCAAGCUGUCAAAAGACACGUCUGCCAAGCUGUCAAAAGACGCUUCUACCAAGCUGUCAAAAGACACGUCUGCCAAGCUGUCAAAAGACACUUCUGCCAAGCUGUCAAAAGAGACUUUUGCCAAGCUGUCAGAAGAGACUUCUGCCAGGCUGUCAAAAGACACUUCUGCCAAGCUGUCAAAAGACACUUCUGCCAAACUGUCAAAAAACACUUCUGCCAAGCUGCCAAAAGACACUUCUGCCAAGCUGUCAAAAGACACUCUUGCCAAGCUGUCAAAAGACACAUCUGCCAAGCUGUCAAAAGACACUUCUGCCAAGCUGUCAAAAGACACUCUUGCCAAGCUGUCAAAAGACACUUGUGCCAAGAUGUCAAAAGACACUUGUGCCAAGCUGUCAAAAGACACUUCUGCCAAGCUGUCAAAAGACACAACUGCCAAGCUGUCAGAAGAGACUCCUGACAAGAUGUCAAAAGACACUUCUGCCAAGCUGUCAAAAGACACUUCUGCCAAUCUGUCAAAAGACACAACUACCAAGCUGUCAGAAGAGACUCCUGACAAGAUGUCAAAAGACACUUCUGCCAUGCUGUCAAAAAACACUUCUGCCAAGCUGUCAGAAGAGACUCCUGACAAGAUGUCAAAAGACACUUCUGCCAAGCUGUCAAAAGACACUUCUGCCAAGCUGUCAAAAGACACAUCUGCCAAGCUGUCAAAAGACACAUCUGCCAAGCUGUCAAAAGACACAUCUGCCAAGCUGUCAAAAGACACAUCUACCAAGCUGUCAAAAAACACUUCUGUCAAGCUGUCAAUAGAGACUUCUUCCAAGCUGUCAAAAGACACUUCUGCCAAUCUGUCAAAAGACACUACUGCCAAGGUGUCAAAAGACACUUCUGCCAAGCUGUCAAAAGAGACUCCUGCCAAGCUGUCAAAAGACACUUCUGAUAAGUUUUCAUCAGUCACUUCUGCUGAACUACUAACAGAACCUGCCAAGCUACAUAUUAAGCUUGCCCAGGAUCCAACACAGUCUUCCAACCAACCAGCAGAGUCUCCUGUCAAGGAACCAGUAGAACCUUCUAAGCACCAUGAAGAACUUGCCAAACAGCUGGCAGAACCUACUAAACUAUCUGUAGAACCUGUCAGGCGAUCAGUAGAACCUGUUAAGGAAGCUGUAGAGCCAACAGUAGCUCCUGAUAAGCCAAUAACAGAACCUACCAAACCACCUGUAGAAUACACUAAGCCAACAGCAGAGCCUGCUAAGCCAACAGCAGAUCCUGCUAUGGCAGUAGCAGAACGUGCUAAGCCAUCAAUAAUGCCCCCAAAACCACUUGUAGAACCUGUUGAAGAAUCAAUUAAACUUACACAGAAGAUUGCAGUUCCAUCUACCAGAGAACUAGCAGAACUCACCAAACAGCCUGCAGAGCUCACCAAGCAGCCUGCAGAACUCAACAAACAACCAGCAGAACUCACCAAGCAGCCUGCAGAGCUCACCAAGCAGCCUGCAGAGCUCACCAAGCAGCUUGCCAAACUCACCAAGCAGCCUGCAGAACUCACCAAGCAGCCUGCAGAACUCACCAAACAACCAGCAGAACUCACCAAGCAGCCUGCAGAACUCACCAAGCAGCCUGCAGAACUCACCAAGCAGCCUGCAGAACUCGCCAAGCAUCCUGCAGAACUUGCCAAACAACCAGCAGAACUCCCCAAACAACCUGCAGAACUUGCCAAACAAUCAGCAGAACUUGCCAAACAACCAGCAGAACUCAUCAAGCAGCCUGCAGAACUCACCAAGCAGCCUGCAGAAGCUUGUAUCAUGGGACCAAUAGCUAGUAUAAAGCAAGUGACAGUACUCUCUUCUCAACAGUCAACAGAACCAUCUGCCAGGGUUGGUAUGAUGUAUGUUAAUUCCCAUAUCAAAACACUUGAUGCAUGUGAGUCAAGUUUUACAACAGAGAAACAGAUUAACAUUGUUUCAAACAGUAAUAGUGCCACUGUGGAUCAUGAAAGUAGCCCGCCAAGUAAAACACAGUGGAAGACAGAUAGAGGUAGAGUUGAUGGCAUUAACAUAAUGAUAGAGACUAAUGCAAGGCAAGUGGAAAAGGUGGAAAGUUUAAAAACAAAAACAGGCCAAGUGAAAAUGGUGGAAAGUUUAAAAACUAAAACAGGCGAAAUGAAAAAAGUGGCAAGUUUAAAAACUAAUGUAGUGAAAAAAUUUGAAAGUGAAAAUAUUGCCCAUGGACAUGAUUCAGGUUCAAGUAAGAAAGGUGGAAUAAUUGAAAUCACUCGUGUACAGCUGAAAAAUGAUUACAAACUGGCUUCUACAAGCAAAUAUUUGGUGCAUGAAGUUCACUCGGAUGAUGAGGAAACAUGUUAUCAAAGAAGCAAGUUACUCACAGCAAGUACCAGUACAAAGGGAAAGUCUCACAAAAAGUCUAGUCAACAUUAUCGUGCAAGAAAAUAUCUACUAGUGAGGGCCUCAAAUAUAUCAGAAAUUACACCAAUAUCAGUUAUUCAAAAAGUGUUCCAGGCUUGUGGAGCUCCUUACCCUGGAAAAUAUGAUGGAGAUGAACUCGUAUUUACGUUCCGGACACUUAAGUUUUCUUCGCUUUGUGUAGCGGAGCUCAAUAACUUAAGAUUACUCGACAGACAUCUAAAAGUGAAGCUUGAAUAUGCAUCUCAUGAUGGAGAGAGUAACUACAACUACCAGGACGAACUGGCUCUAGAUAACGAGGUAGAGGAGACCUUAAGGGAAGAGGAGGAGAAAAUGGUGGACUAUGUGAAGAAGUGGAUUGAUACAGGAAUCAAUGUUUUUGGUUUCAAAGUGAAGAUUUGCAUAAAGGAUGUGUGUAGCUGUCCUGAUCUGUGCUUGGAUUAUCACACACUAGCAGAUAGAAGGAGGAGUCCCGGGUUCUUUGAAUAUUGUGAUGAAAUGUGCCAGGUAGUUACACGGGGAGAGAAUUGUAUCCAGGGAGAUUCUUGUCCCUAUGCGCACACACUCCUGGAGAGAGAGUACCAUAUCAAGCGAUUUAGAUCCCUUGUUUGUACUGGUUGGAUUGUAAACCGUUGUUGUCCAAAGAAGGAAGAAGUUUGUCCAUAUGUCCAUCCAGAGAGCCCAGAUUGUAUGUACCAUAAGAGCUGGCAUGACCUGUAUGUUGAGGGACUUGGGAACACACUUACGUUCCUUGUGGAGGCUGUCAGGAAUACCUUUAAGCUGCCAAUUGCUCCUGGUAUACGAGUCUUGGUCAUAACUCCGUCACUCCUGGUAGCCAGAUUACUGAAGCUCGCUUUGCAUGACUUGGCCCAAAUUUUCCUUCAGACAGUUGUUUCUGUGACUCAUGAGCACCAGAGUUUAGAAAAGGGAACAGUUGUGAUUGGGACUCCAGGCGCACUCUCCAAGAUACUGGUGACAAAAGAAGCCUCCAGCUACUUGUGCAACACUCGGGCCGUCAUUGUUGAUGAUAUCACAAAUAUCUUGAAGGACUUCAUGCAUCAACAUCAACUGUCAUACAUUCUUUCAAAAGUCUUGAAUAAUAAAGGUUUGAACAGAGUGGUUGUAACAGAAAAAUUUAGUGAUUAUGAAAUGAGUAUUGCAGCAGACCUUAUGAAGACCAAGUUUGUCAAAGCAUCAAUGGAAAAUCUGAACAUCAAGAGCUUCAGGAGGGUAAAUGAGAAAUAUGAAGCUGCUGACUGUGAAGAGAUACACAAGCAUCACUCAUGGUCACCAGAACAGACACACAGGAAAAGAUCCCAUCAUAUAUCAUACAAAAAACAUAAAAGGAGGAAUUUGUCACCGUUAUCUCACAGGUUUCAGAAAGAGAGACAUUCAUUGUCAUCUGAAAAGAAGCUUCAAAAAAGGAGGAGUUUGUCGCCAUUUUCUGAAGAGCUUCAGAAAAGGAGGAGUUUGUCGCCAUCUUCUGAAGAGCUUCAGAAAAGGAGGAGUUUGUCGCCAUCUUCUGAAGAGCUUCAGAAAAGGAGGAGUUUGUCGCCCUUUUCUGAAGAGCUUCAGAAAAGGAGAAGUUUGUCGCCAACAUUUGGAAGGCUUCAGAAAAAGAGGAGUCUGUCACCAUCAUCUGAAAAGAAGCUUCAGAAAAAGAGGAGUCUGUCACCAUCAUCUGGAAGGCUUCAGAAAAAGAGGAUUCUGUCACCAUCAUCUGAAAAGAAGCUUCAGAAAAAGAGGAGUCUGUCACCAUCAUCUGGAAGGCUUCAGAAAAAGAGGAGUCUGUCACCAUCAUCUGAAAAGAAGCUUCAGAAAAAGAGACAUGUAUUGUCAUCAUCUAAAAAGAAGUUUCAGAAAAGGAGUGCAUUGCCAAAUUCUGAAAAGCUUCAGAAAAAGACUAGUCUGUCACCAUCAUCUGAAAAGAAGCUUCAGAAAAAGAGGAGUUCAUUGCCGUCAUCUGUAAAGCUUCAGAAACAAAAGAGCCAUUCCUCAAAGCGGAAAAGAAGCUGUUCUCCAUUGUCCCCCAGUCUUGAAGAGUCCCAUAAACAGAGAAGGAGAAGCCUUACAGAAUCAUCAAACUCAUCUGUGGUAAAUCUGGCUUCUGGAACACCAUCACCUACCUCCUCUAACUACCCCAACUUUGAUGAUGAAACCAGGACACUGUUUCUUGCUGCAAAGGAGGACCUAAGAAAUGACCACCAGUUAGAAUACCAGACAUACUCAGAGGUGCCAGAGGUCCAUCCAGAGUAUGAAGAAAAAUAUGAAAUAUUCAAGAGAGAGUACGGGGUGAUGUAUGGAGAGAAUGAAAGCCCACAAGAAUGUAAAAAGUUGUGGUUGAUCUUUUGGAAUGAGUUCAUGACCUCAGAGCUCAGAGAAAAGUGGAUCAAGAAAAGAGAAAAACUUGUACAGCAGUUUGAAACUGUAACAGCUAAAAAGAAAAGUUCCACUGAAAAACUGAAGGAAAAUUUGAAAUAUCAGAUGGAAAAGUGUAACUACAUAGCCAGUCCAAGACCUUCAUCUGCAGAGUCACCUGAAUGCCUCGGACAAAUACCGAGCAUUGGAAAUUUGUCAACCGACUCAGUGCAUGGGUGCUCCCUGGAUUUAACAGAAAAUUAUCCCACGAAUAGACUUGAUGCUUCCAAUCAGUGGGAAGGUGAUAGUAUUUUACAACCCAAAAAAGUUUUGCCUGUUGCUUGUACCUCUCAACAAAAAGAUUAUUUAACCUGUAUGCCAAGCAAUGAAAAAUCACAAGUGUUGGAGUUCUCCUUGCCUCAUACUUUAGCUUUACUUGCAGAGCUGUGUGAGCCAUUAGGGUUACUUGGCCCUGCUCUAAGGAUCAUUAUUCAUAGAGUGAAGAAUUCUGGAACAGACACGGAAAGAUUAUCUCAAAUUUUUGCUGAUGAUUACAAUAUUUCACUUAUUAAAAUGGCUUCAGAAAAGUUAGAAAUUCUAAGUGAGAGUGCUGAAGGUAGUUCCAAAGAGAAGUUACUCCAGGGUAGCACUCAGGCUGUAGAAUUAUUGAAAUACAUCUCAUCGUGUUGUUUGGCUGUGAAGAAGCCAUUUAAUGGUGUUGACGUUGAUAAAGUUGCAAGGGCCACAAUGGGAGAGGAUGCUGCUAAUAUUGUCCUGUUUAUAAAAAAUACGUUGGGAUAUAAAGGUGUUCUGAACCCCACAGUUGAAGACAUAAAUGAAAUAUUUUUGGCUGUAUCUUCAAAACAUUUUAGUAUGGCUCUUGAAAAGUGAAUUAUUGUUCUCUGCUUUAGUUGAUUAACCCAUUGAGUGGUAAGGGUUUCUUUCAGUUGAAUAAAAGACCCAAGUGUGACACCACUCUUUAAAAGGUUAAGAUCCAUUUCACAUUGUUGCCUGAUUGGGUUUAUUUUGUAAACUAUUUUUAGAAUUACUGUACCUGUACUUUAUUUUUUUUUUAGUUGAACGGAGAAAACUUAUCAUUUUUUCAUAAAGGACUGUACUUAAUUGCUUAUUUAUACAGUAUAAGGAAAUGAGCAGUACAAAAUAAAUGCUUGUUAUAUAGUAAAAACUACUUUGUAUGUAUAUUUUUGGUGUGUACAGUAAGUCCUCGUUUAACGUUGCCCCUGACAACGUUGUUUCGUUAUAACGUCGCUACUCUUUAGAUACCCAUGAUUCUGACAACGUCCCGCCGAUUCGGUAUAACUUCAUCACGGCUUACUUUGUACAGUGCAUCACCCUUUCUCGCCCAGUCAGAGCGGGAGGAGGAGCCACCCUCCGGGUCUCAGUGACUCUCCUGCCCUCCUCUCCACUACCCACCACACACUUGCUCCACCUCUGCCCAUCAAUGAAUACAAUGCAAAAUGAUUUAGCUUAUUUAUAUUUUUGGAUGUAUUAUAUAUACUAUUCUCUAUAAAAAUUCCAUUGAAUUUAUGUAUAUGUUAUGUAUUUUAUGGGGCAAAGGGAGGCUGGGGAACGUAACUCCUGUAUUUUAUCUAUUUCUUAUGGGGAAAAUCGAUCCUGUUAACGUCUCGGUUUUCAGGAAUGGAACCACGACGUUAAGCGAGGACUUACUGUACAGUAUAGAUUAAUUUGGUAAAUUACUGGGUAUAUAAGUUACUUAUGGUCUGCAACUUACUAAGAACAUGUUAACUCAAGGCUGUGUGUUCCAACUUGAAUGUUACUGUACAGUAUAUUGUACAGGGUGUCUAAAAAAUGUAUGCACACUGCCUUAAAGACUUUUGUAGAGAUCCCACCAGAUUACACCAGCACCAUUCUCUUCACUGGGAGACCUCACACAUUAAUAAGUGAAGAUAAUAUUGCUGUUGUAUUACAAGCAUUCACAUGAUCCCUCUGGAAAUUUGUAAGGCAGUCUAAUUUUUUAUUUAUUUUUUGCUUAUUUUAAGAUUAUAUUAUGAUUCUAUACUCUGCUAUAUUACUAGAUUAUAUAAUCCCCAAAACACAGUUUACAUUUUUGGGGUCAAAUGACCUGCCUACAUUAUCAAAUAACUGUUGUUAUGAGCCUUUGUACUUGCAGAUACUCUCAUCAUAAGCUUGGAGUGAGUACAUGUUGUUAGGGGAGUCAUAAUAAGUUUUUUAUACGAGGAAGGCUGCAUGUGUUUGUGGAAGUGUGUUAACAGAUAGAGGUGCUCAAAAACCAAAAUAUUUUUUUAAGAUAUAAUGUUGUACAGUAUUAUUAAACACUAAUAACAUUAUGUAAUAUACAGUAUUCCUUUUAUACUGUUCAAAUAGGUCAUUCAUGUUUCUUAAUUAAUAAAAAAUUUUAGUUCAGUGCUACAGUAGCUUUUGUACAGCACUUAUUUUUAUUCUGCAUAAGAACUUAGUGUUGUUAUAAAACUACUAUAUAAUACUUAUGGGAUAGUUGAUCUGUAAUAAAAGUUUUAAGAAAUAUUGCUUUCUGCAAGAUUACAUUUAAAUUUUAUGUUUAUCUUUUUGGGGAUGAAUGUGCUGUAGGUGUGGUGAUGGGAUGAUGCAUAAAAUAACAUGGGUCA